AUGGAAGAGUCUCCCGAGUGCCCUCUGCUAACUAGCCAAGAACUGCACGAAAAUGACUUUCCAGUCAAUGCAGUUUUCCCAGAUGGCAGUAGGAAAUCAUAUAACUUCACCAGAAGUACCACGGUUGGCGAUUUAAUCAAAACAAUACAAAGCGACUCUAGUGUUGUUAUUCCAAAAGAUAAAUCGAUUUGUAUUAUUUACCGAGGACGUAUCUUAAAAUCAGUUGAGAAAUUCUCUGAAAUUGACUCAGUCCCAGAUUACACGGUCACAAUAUUAUUCAGAUUAAAUAAAUCUGAUAUCAUUGUUGAUAAAGAAGAUCUAGAGUCAGAGCUUCGUGGCUUUGACCGUCUAACUCGAAUGAAUUAUACCCCAGAGCAAAUUCAAGAAAUCAGACUCUCUUUCCACACAAUGAGAGGUGGCCUGAACGAUACUGAUGAUCAAAAAUAUGAAGCUGAAGAAGAAUGGCUUCCAGUCAUUUUUAAUUCAGAUAAUCCACUUGAAGCUUUUCAAGCAGCUGAUGCAGAAAGACCGGUUCAAGUGCAAAACACUCCUAGGCAUAACGAAGUUCAGAUAAACACAGAAAUAUCAGGAACAAUAGUUUUCCUAUUCGCACUUUGUUUCGGACUUAUCUUCGGUCCAUUUUCGCUAUUACUUUUGUUUGUAUCAUUCCAUGAUGUGUUUGGAAUAGGCGGUCUUGUUGUCGGAUCAGCCAUUAAUAUAAUAUUAUAUUUUGCUUUCGGAUUCAGUAUUUUCUAA